CCUCUGCCUCGGGCGCCGGUCCCGCCUGCGUCCCCCGUGGGCCCUCACGCGCGGCGUGCGGCUGGCUCACCACGCCGCCACGCCCCUCCCGCUUGUUUGCGGGCGCGCGCAGCUCCUGGUGCGGGGGAGCUCGGGGACGGGCCGAGCUGGCGGAGAUUGGCUGACGCGGUGGCUGCGCAUUGGGCCUGAGAAACUCUGGGCGAGCGGGCAGAGUCGGCUCUGGGGCGGUGUUGGGCGCCUCUCAGCUAAUCCAAAAGUAAAUGAGGAACUUAGAAAAAAGAUUGCCAACUCCAGAUCAACAUAUUUAGAGAAAAUUGGAAAAGGAGAAGCUUACUACAGCUUUAUUUGAGGACUUUUUAAAGAAUGCAGAGUUCUAGCUGUGAGCUUCAACUCUUGGAGCAAAAACCAGAGACAUUGCCAGAGCAAACAAGAGCAGAAGUACAAAUGGAGGACUGGUCAAAAGCCCAUAGUUAUCUUGAACAGGAGACUACAGAGAGAAAUAAAAGUACACACCCAGAUGAGCAACUGACUGUGAAUUGUAAGGGAAGCAUGGAUCAGAAAGCCAAUGAAUUAGUUAAUGAAGCCGCAUAUGAGGACAUGGAACCGCCAGGGCAGAGAUCAAGGAAUUUUCCUUAUCCGGGUGAUGAGACAUCUUACUGCACUACUGAAAAAUCCAACAUUAUGGAACAUACAAAUAACGAUUUGCAUUAUGAAUGUAUGAUUCCGUGUCAAGUUACUUCAGACUUCACUAAAGAGAAGACUAUAGCAUUUCUUCAAAAAGAAUUGGACAAUCUCAGAGCGAGCAAUAAAAAGCUUCGAGAAAAACUUACUAAAGAAGAUAAAGAGCAGAGAAAACUAAAGCUUAAGCUGGAACUCCAAGAGAAAGCAGCAGAAGCUCAAAUUGCUGAAAAGACCGCAGCUCUGAUUGAAGAAGUGUAUUUUGCACAGAGGGAACGUGAUGAAGCUAUUAUGUCUCGACUGCAAUUAGCUAAUGAGGAGAGAGAUGAAGCAAUCGCACGAGCCAAACAUAUGGAAAUGUCUCUAAAAGUGCUAGAAAAUAUUAACCCUGAAGAAAAUGACAUGACAUUACAGGAAUUACUGAACAGAAUAAACAAUGCAGACACAGGCGUAGCUAUUCAGAAGAAUGGAGCUAUAAUUGUGGAUAGAAUCUACAAGACCAAGGCAUGUAAAAAGAGAAUAACGGCAGAAGAAAUGAAUGCAGUGAUAGAAGAACGGGAUGCUGCUUUGUCUCAGUGCAAACGGCUGGAGCAGGAGCUUCAUCAUUUGAAAGAGCAGAACCAGACUUCAGCAAACAACACGAGACAUCUGACUGCUGAAAACAAUCAAGAACGUGCUCUGAAGGCAAAGUUGUUAGCUAUGCAACAAGCCAGAGAAACUGCAGUUCAACAAUACAAAAAACUGGAAGAAGAAAUCCAGACACUGCGAGUUUACUACAGUUUACACAAAUCUUUAUCCCAAGAAGAAAAUCUGAAGGAUCAGUUUAACCAUACCCUUAGUACCUAUGAAGAAGCUUUAAAGAGUAGAGAGAACAUUGUUUCCAUCACUCAACAACAGAAUGAAGAACUGGCUGCUCAGCUGCAGCAAGCUCUGACGGAUCGGGCAAACACAGAGGCAGAGCUUCAGCGCGCCAUGGAGGCCUCCCAGGCAGCCAGGGACAAAGUGCAGAAGGUGAAAUUUUAUUCACCAUCUUUCCCAAGAAGACCCCAAACACUCUGCAUUUAAAGUGGGGGAAAUCUCUUCUUUUCAGGUUGGAAAGGCUGGUGGACGUCCUGAGGAAGAAGGUGGGAACAGGGACCGUGAGGACAGUGAUCUGACAGAAAAACCGCCAGUCUGGGAAGCAAUCACAUCUGGUGACCAGGCUGCUUCAUUCAACACUGUGUAAACACUAAAGCCUUAACUUAGCAAACAGUUGUUAGAAGUGGGACACUCCAGCCACAUUCCAAGCUGAGAUAAAAUCAAAUCACAAAUGUUUAACCACUUUGCUGCUGACUUGAGUUAUUUAUCCAAAUGUAUUAACUACAGACUUUUACCAAUGGGUAGCUAUAAAGUUGUAGUUUAUUUUGUAACAAUUUUCUAUCUCACUGUAUUUAAUAUAACUGUUUUUACUGAGAGACUUUUACAGAAACAUUGCGAAGUUGGUCAGGAUCAUAUCUUCACAUAGGGCUCUUUCGGAAUCAAAAUGCAGCAAAGUAAAUAUUGUCUAAACCUUAAUCCACUGUGUUAGGUCAAAACUUCAAAUACAUGCAUUUUUCAAUAUGGAGUUUAUUUCUUACCUGAUGAGAGAAGCUCAGACAUAAGAGUGUAUAGUCUUCCGUCAAUGCAUACAUGUAGUCUUUGUUAGUAUUCAAGAAUAUUAAGUAUAGAUACCAAGAAUUAAAUGUAUAAUUCGUUUUAGUAAGAGUUGAAUACAUUAAAAUUACAUUAAUCAUGGCAUGAUUGUUGUUCCACUACAAAAAAUGCAAACUUUUCAAUAAAGAGAAGAUAUUGUUCAUAUGUACUUAUAAAUUCACAUUAUCAAUAGUUUUUAAUGUUUGGUCUGAAUAAUUAUCUAAACUCUAUUUAAGCUGUAGAAAUUGCCAGGUUUGUCUAAUAGACUGGGACACUUUGGGCUUGAAAAUUAGCCUGUGCCCAGCGUGACUCCAUACAAGAAGGCAAGAGGCCAUCAAACAUGUUAAGUAUUAUUUUUUAUUAUUUUCAUUUAGAUUAUCAUUUGAAUUUUUGUUGUGGAGGGGGAGAAUUCAGUAUGUAAUAUACAAUAAAACUAUACUGUAAAAAUAUAUGGGCUUGGAACAAAAUAAACCUCCGAUUUGGUUCAGGUUACCUGCUUUGUAUUUUGUGUAAAAGAGAACUUAAAAUAGUUACAGCAGAGCAGUCGCUUCUAAUCAUGACAUUAUUAAUAAAGGUAAGAUGCAUGUCUUUGGCUAUAGAAAAAAUAUCUUCUUUUAGACUGAAUAGAUGAGAGGCCAAUAGAAAAUGACUAUGCCUGGAACUGGAUGAAAAGGACAAGUAAGGAUUGAAUUCAUGAAAAUUUUGUAGGCAAAUGAAAAUUUUUCUAUGUCUGUACAAUUUUUUAAUUCAUCUUUAAGACUAAGCUAAAUUAUCUAUCAUUGCCUGUUUUUAGGACAAAUACAGAAUAAUUUUUCGCACCAUUCUUUUAUGCACCAUUGGAGAUUAUC